GUCUUGGCCAGGUCACGGUGGGCCGCGGUGGGCUGGAGGACCAGAGGGCCAGAGGGAGAACACGCCCCUCCCCCUUUCUCUCCUCCCCUCCCCGCUAGCGUGCCGGCGUGCCCGGGGCGGCCCUCCGAGGCCCUCCGAGCGGCGUUUGUUUUGGUCAGCGGCCGCGUCGCCAUGGCAACGGGUAAACAAUGUGGCGACAAUUAGGGCCGCCACGUGCCGCAGUGCCGCCGCCGCCCCUGACCCCGCCCGCCAUGGGGUCGCCCUCUCCCUCUGGCUCCCCGGGGGUACGGACACCGGGGCAAAAGAACCGGACGCAGGGGUCGUCUUGGGCAGAGCGAGAGCACCGUGGGCAAGGGGCUUGCCUUUCCCCUGGGGGGCACGGCGAGGGCGGGGGCGGGAAGGGCGACGCAAGGACCAAUGAGAACUGGCCAUGUGUGGGGGUCCAGAAGGGGGGGUUUGGACCUGCCUGGCGCCGCGCUGGCACCACCACACCACACACCACGCCAUCACCUCCUCCACCACACCACGCCACUCACGCCCUCCCGCCCGCACGCCCACGCGCAGCCAGGCGGCUAGGCAGGGAACACCUUCAGCACGCCCGCAGCGCCCCGGCCACCCGGGCCAGGGAUGAAGCGGAUGUCGGAGAUGGAAGGAGAGACCCCGUUAAAACGACCCCGUCCAGGCGGGGACACAGAACUCCGCUUGUUGAUUCAGAGCAAGGCUGCCGGUUCUGUGAUCGGCAAAGGAGGACAGAACAUUUCGCGGCUGAGGAGUGAGAAUCCGGCCAGUAUUACCGUACCAGAUUGCCCAGGGCCUGAACGAGUGCUGACCAUUGGCGGUUCCGAGGAAGUGGUUCUGAAGGUUCUGCGAGAAGUCUUGGAGUGCCUGGAUGAGGCGCUGCAGAAGGGCUCGGAGACGGACGCGCGUAUUCUCGUGCACCAGAGCCAGGCGGGAUGCAUCAUCGGCAAGGCUGGCACCAAGAUCAAGGAACUCAGGGAGGAAUGCGGAGGGCAGAUAAAAGUGUACACCAACUGCUGUCCCCAGUCCACAGACCGCGUUAUCCAGAUCACAGGAGACCGUGAGCGUGCCAUCCUCACCAUCACGCGAAUACUAGAGCUUAUCAAAGAGAGUCCCAUCAAAGGUUUGUACAACUCCUACAACCCACACAACUUCGACGAGUUCUUCGCCAGCGAGUAUGGCGGCUGGGGCGAGUCCCCCAAGGGCAGGUUCCCCGGGGGCCCCAUGGGGCGCGGUCCCCCCCACAUGGUUCCAGGGGGACCUAUGGGACGAGGCCCGAUGGGCCCCCCCGGCGGGCCACCCGGACCCCCAGGACCUCCCCCACCCUUCGGGAGGCGCGGGCCUAUGGGGCCGCCCAGAGGCCCCCCACCCCCCAUGCGAGGGCCGCCCAACGGAGAGUUCGACGGCAUGCGCUCCAAGGGGGGCAAGCCCUUCAUGAACGGCAGUGACCCGCACAACGGCGACCUGCCCACCACAUCCACUCAGGUGACAAUCCCGAAGGAUGCGGCCGGCGCCAUCAUCGGCAAGGGCGGUGCCCGGAUCAGGAAAAUCCGCUCGGACUCCGGCGCGUCCAUCUCCAUCGAGGACUCGCGGCCCGGCGUCAACGACCGCGUGAUCACCAUCUCGGGAACGGAGCCUCAGAUCAAGCACGCCCAGUAUCUCCUGCAGCAGAGUGUGCGCGAGUAUGGAGGCUACCAGGACCCACGAGGAGACUAUGAUCAUGACCAGCCUAGCGUUCGAGAGUACGGAGGGCAAGGCCGCAGAUACUGAGCGACGGUACCUCGUUCAGCAAUCAUCAUCAUCACCCGAUCUCGCGCGUUGAUGAAGCUUCUUAACACACAACCCCCUCCCCCCACACACACGGAAGAUACCAUCUUUGUUUGUCACACUUACGUGAACAGGAAAUCAAAAAAGAAAAAAAGAAUGUUUUUUCUUUUUUCAUUUGAUCUGUCAGGCUUCUGAUAAGCUGCUGCCGUUAAUUUCAAGACCUUUUCGAGAAACUUGUUUGUACAAAAGGAUAAAUGUGUAAGACAAACAGGAAAGGUAUUCCUCUUUGUUUCCUCUUUCAAUUUUAUUAUUAUUUUUGUCUUUUUUGAGAGAAGCCAUUUAGAAACAUGAAGUAGAAUAUUAUAAGCAGUUUUAGACUUGUCCCAAGUCAGGUUGACGGCCCAAGAGUGGAGCCAGGCCGGACUGCAAAGCUUUUGAUUAGGUGUAAACUGUUAUAGGAAUCUUACUUGCGUUGAGUCCUGAAUAAAUAUGAUGUUACUGUAACUGGGGAAUUUGGAUGGUGAUGUCGAGAGGCACUACAGUGUUCCGGCAGCACAAAAUGGAAGGAAGGAAGGGAGUGAGUGAGCGAGCCCCUCGAAGAGCACGUGUCUCUCAGUGGUUACUAUCGAGAAACCCAUUGGGAAGAUGCUUAGAGCUCUGUUGGUGCAAAGACCUCACUGGUGACGACAAGGAUUCCAUCCAAUAUUUUCAAGAGACUGUUAAUCAAAAGCAUACAUAAACCUGUAUAGUUUUGUACUGCAAGCCAGAGUUUUAUGUUUUAUCAACCAUCCGCAUGUUUGCAUAUUUUGUUUUUGCUUUAUAUAUGAAAUCCAGAUUGUAUGAUUGUAGAUUUAUCCAUAUUAAAAGUUUUUGCCAUUAGGAAAGAAAAAAAAUAUAGAGGGAAAAUUGGUCAAUAUUUUGGUCUCAUCUUGGAGGCCGUGCGUCCACUAAUUUACUAUGAAAUAUUCAGGUAUUUGACUAAAUAUACUAGUUCCAAAGUAACCACUGAUGUAUUUUUGUACAAUUUUAUCGUCAUAAUAUUUGUUUCAUGUUAUUCUACAUAUGAAUUACUAAUAAAUGUUGUCAUCCUUCUCUAAGUCCUCAACCUCCUCCUACUACUAAUGAUUUCUCCUGAGUUGUUCCUUAAGCCUGAAGGUCCUGCUCAGCUUCAAGGACAACCUCACCCUUGACUCCUAAGAGACCUCUCCAAAAGAUAUAACUCUUUUCUAGAAAUGGUGAGCUUUCCCCCCUCCCCCCCUUCCCCCUAUUUCACAGCCACUAGCAAGUCCUCUCUCUUCUCUUCUCGUAUAAGCUUUUUUCACAAAGGUUAUAUAUAGCCCCGUCUCCUGCCUUAUCUCCCGAGCUGAGAUCAUAACUGUUUGGUGUUCUACUCUUUAACAUAGAGGCUAAUUUUGCCCUUUUGCUUUAGCUCUGUUAACUCGGCGGGAUGUGCUUCGGAUGUUUACUUAGCCCAUUUAAUUUUUCAGAGGAAGGUCCCCCCCCCACCCCCACCGCCCCAAAUCCGCCCCGAUACAUACAACUUGACAAUUUUAUUUGUCGUUUGCCAUGUUCAGCAUUUGUCUCUUUUUGAAGAGGAAGAAAAUUUGAUUUUUUGGGGGGGUGUUUAUUGUAAAAUCACUCGAAAAGGUUUUAAAAUUUUUAGAUGACUAAGCCAUAAACAUCAACUGAAGGUUGAUGACAACUAUGAUGACAAACAUGUAAUGAAAAUUGAUCAAGUUAAGUUAACAUCUAAACUACUUCCCUGUAUGAUUGUAUGUCUGUACCUGAUAAUUGAAGCCAUUGUCUGUGUACAAAAAAACACACACCCCGAUGAAUUAUACACAGGAAUCUUUCUUAUUAGAGAUUUUUGCUAUAAAUUGUGUCAGGAUUUUAAGGAAAUCACAGAUGGAACUGUUUCUUUCCACAUAAUGUGUAAGUCUAUUUUCUGCUAUGGUUAAUCAGCUUGUAAACUUGUAACUACUAAUUAUUAUUAUUAUUUUGUUAGUUGAUAAUGGUAUGAAGUAUAUCGCCUUUUGAUAUGCAUCAUCUCCCACAAUUUAAGACCAUUGUUAUUCAAAUGAGAGAAUAAUUUAUUAGGUGCAGAUUGUAUGAAGCACAUGUCCAUUCUGCUUGAAGUAUCGGGGUGUGACAAAGGUAUCCUUGUCACAGUUAAAGGAGUAAAAAGACAUAAGGACACUGGCCAGGACGUCCCCGUUAACUCCACAAGUCCAAGUCCCUCCCUCUAUGCGUACUGGGGGGACACUAGGGCCCCCCUCCCUUAACUUUCGUGUCUCGUUGAUCCUCCUUGACAUAGAGAGUAUUUUGUCAAGAGAAAUGGCUCUGUGAAACUAAGGAUUUUGGUCGAAUUUAUGCUUGGAAAUUGUUUGCAUCCUGUGUUCUGCUUUGAUUUGACAUUACUUAGGUUAGGAUAACCUAAGGAAUAUGUGCAAGUGUGAUUUAGCUACUUUUAUGUUUUCUGAGGAGAAUAUCGUUAUUCGUCAUUAUUACUAUGAUUACUGUCAUCCCUGCUUCUGUAGGUAAAGUAGACAUUCCAUGCAGCCCAGUUUUGUUAUGUUUUUAGUUUAAAGGAAAAUAACAAAAAGUCACUUGCCAGAAUACUUGACCAGAAGCCAUCUGCAUCCAUUUUUACAAACGGAACGUGGAUUGCCUUUCAAGGGGCAAGUCGUUCUUGAGUGUUUGUCAUUAAAGUAAAUAAUAAAAAAAAGAAAAACUGCCUUAUUUUCUGUAGAGGAUUAUAUAUAUAUAUAAAUCAUUAAUAUUCCCUCUUUGUCAACAGUGUGUUAUAUUUUUGUCAAUUCUCCUUUUACCAGUCUGGUUCAGUUUUCAGUUGUAUCUUAUGCAGUUUGGAGCAAGCUUUUCCAUAAGUAUGAGAAAGAGCCUUAACUCUUAUAGGAACUAGGUACUUGGUCCCCAUUGCCUGCAUACAUUAGUAUUUGAAGUUAUUACCUCCUAGAGAGUUUAUGUCCAGUGGUAUCUAGAAAUUCUAAUAAACACUAUAUUUGCUCCUCAGGGGAUCAAACUAAACUAUGCAUCAAGUGGCCCAAAUAGGAAAAAAAUUUACCCAGCCAAGGCCAUUCUUUUGAACUCACGUCACUAUGGUGAAAACAUUUGAGUUGUCAAGCUUUCUCAAAUGGAUAUCUUUGAUGAUGACUUCUUAAACACAAGUUCUUCCUUUGUAGUGAAAUGUAAUGCUGGAGGCGAGUCGACCUUUCGAGUUCUUUUUAAACACAUUCUCUGCAUAGGUAUGUAACGAACAUUUUGAGAAUUUCAAUCUGGGAAAUUAUGAUGUGCCUCAAGGUCCCCUGAACAGCAAGUAUCUUCCUGCAGUGUAACUGAAUGUUGACACACACAAAAGAGAUUUGGUUUAUACCUAAGGACCAGACACCGUUACUUGUGUCCAUAGUUUAAAAAAAAUAAAAAACUCUUGAAGCCAUCCAUUUUGUAAUGUGAUUAUUGUAUUUUGCAUUCAUAUAAAGGAUUAAAUACCAGAGAAAUUA